AUGGAUGACAUGAAAAAAGGAGGAGGCGCCCCAGAACAGAAAAAGGUGACUGAAGGUAAAAAUCAAACCGACAACAAAGGUGAUUCAGAGAAAUUCAUGAAGCCUAAGAUAUCCUACCGUGACAUGGUAAUGGAGAAUGGCUUCGGAAAACUGAAUCCACAAGAGAUUGUAGAAAUGGUUUCAGAAGAAUAUAACUCAGAAGAUUUAGUCAUGGACUCUUCUAUGGACGAUGAAGCUCCCUUCGAUCCUAAGCCCAACAUUGAGGUCUCUCAAAAAGAGUAUGACAAGUGGUGUAGACCUUGGAAACUAUCGCUGAUUGUUAAGCCACUUGGAAAAACCUUUAACCUUCAAGCUCUUGAUAGAUGGGUACAGAGGAGAUGGAUGAAAAAAGGAGCGAUACGAGUCAUGGAUCUAGCUGGUAACUUUUUCUUGGUCAAGUUCACGGAUCAAGAUGACUAUGCACAUGCACUCUUUGAAAGUCCUUGGAUGAUGGCUGAUCAUUAUCUCUUGGUGCAAAGGUGGAGACCACUCUUCUUGCCACAUGAGACAGAUAUUCAGAAAGUAUCAGUAUGGGUUAGGAUCCCCAACCUACCUGCAGAAUUAUACAAUAAAUUCUUUCUCUGGAAAGUUGGGAAAGCUCUCGGAACAAUGCUCAAAGUGGAUGAACUCACCUCCAUACACUCUCGAGGGAAAUUCGCAAGGAUAUGUGUGGAAAUUGAUCUGUGA